CGUGCACAGUCAGUUGCCUGCAUGUUAAUUUCCAAUGUGCAAACGAGUGCCAGAGCUACCGUCCUAGGAAUACAUCUGAAAUUUCUAUAUGCUGUAUCUUCACUGUCCUGCAUUGCUAUUAUAUUUUAUUAAUAGCUACCGAGCAGAACCCCAUUUGAUACCGUGGACAGUGUAAAGAUGGAAUCAGUCCCGAUUAAAGAGGAGCUCCCUAAACUGGAAGUGGUCCCCAUUAGACUGGAGAUCUCUGGACUGUCUUCCCUCCCCAUUAAACAGGAGCUCUGUGAGAUGCCAUCUGACAGCAUCAAGUCGGAGGUGUCUGGGAUUAAAGCUGAGUGCAAUGAAUUGGAGAUCUCCCAGACAGAAGAACCCCUUCCUGUGAAUGAAGAGGUGCUGGAAAUGCUACCAAGCAGAACCAUGUUUGAUACCGUGGACAAUGUGAAGAUGGAAUCUGUCCCGAUUAAAGAGGAGCUCCCUAAACUUGAACUGGUCCCUAUUAGACUGGAGUUCACUGGACUGGCUUCCCUCCCCAUUAAACAGGAGCUCUGUGAGACGCCCUGUGACAGCAUCAAGCCAGUGGUGUCUGGAAUUAAAGCUGAGCGCAACGAACUGGAGAUCUCCCAGACAGAAGAACCAGUUCCUAUGAAAGAAGAGGUGCUGGAAAUGGUGCGUAUUAAACUGGAGCCCCUGAAAGAGGAGGUACUGUUGAAACCAGGGAAGGAAGAAUCUGAAGAUUUGAAAGCAGCCCCCACUGAGCUGGGUCCGGUACACCUGCGGGAGUGUAGCGUGGUGCUGGAGAGAAUCUGUGUGAGAAAGCAAGGCUCUGGAGAGGAAGGCUCUCUCAACAGCAUGCAAGGAGGUGGACAGGGAGACGGGCACUCACAUUCAGAAUGCAGUCUAGCAGGUUCCAGUCCAGCAGUUAAAGCAAGGACGGGUGCCACCCAGUUAAGGAAUUUAAAAAUACUGAAAGGAGAGAAAUUUAAAAAUACCAGAGGAGAGAAACCGUAUCACUGCUCUGACUGUAGUAAGAGUUUCACUCAGUCAGCAAAUCUUGUAAUACACCAGAGAGUUCACACAGGAGAGCGGCCGUAUCGCUGCUCUAACUGUGGAAAGAGUUUCAAGUCAUCAGGACACCGUACAACACACCAGCGAAUUCACACAGGAGAGAAACCGCAUUGCUGCUCUGACUGUGGAAAGAGUUUUAGUCAGUCAGGAGACCUUGUGAUACACCAGCGAAUUCACACGGGAAAUAAACCCUAUCGCUGCUCUGACUGUGGAAAGAGUUUCAAGUCAUCAGGACACCGUACAGCACACCAGCGAAUUCACACAGGAGAGAAACCGCAUUGCUGCUCUGACUGUGGGAAACGUUUCAGGAACUCAGGAAACCUUUCAAAACACCAGCUAAUUCACACAGGAGAUAAACCUUAUCGCUGUUCUCACUGUGGGAAGAGUUUCAGACAUUCAGGAAAUUUUGAAUCACAUAAGCGAACUCACAAAGGAGAGAAACCAUAUCACUGUUCUGACUGUGGGAAGAGUUUCAGUCGGUCAGAACACCUAUUAAUACAUCGGCGAAUACACACUGGAGAGAAACCGUAUCACUGUUCUGACUGUGGGAAGAGUUUCAGUCGGUCAGGACAACUUGUAACACACCAGCGAAUUCACACAGGAGAGAAACCAUAUUACUGCUCUGACUGUGGGAAGUGUUUCAGGGAUUCAGCAGACCUUGUAAAACACCAGAGAAUUCACACAGGAGUAAAGCCAUAUCACUGCUCCGACUGUGGUAGUAGUUUCAGUCAGUCAGGACAACUUGGAAAACAUCAGCGGGUUCACACAGGAGAGAAACCCUAUCAUUGCUCUGAUUGUGGGAAGAGUUUCAGUCAGUCAAGAUCCCUUGUUACACACCAGCAAAUUCACACAGGAGAGAAAAAAAUGAAAAUGUAAAUAAUGUUCCUGCAUAAAAAUAACUUAUCCAUUUUGCUCAGCUUCCUGACAUUUCAGCACCGCAGUGCGCUGCUGAAUAAUGUGGGUGCCCAAGCCGAGGAGACAGUCAGACAUGCUCCCAGAAAAUUCUUAAAUUUUACAAAUACUAAUAUCCAUGUUUUAGAAAUAGAUUGCUUACAGUGAAGUGUUUUUUAAAUAUAAUUUGUAUUCAUUUUCAAAAUAAUAAAUAACAUAUAUAUAUGUAUGUGUGUGUAAUAUAUAUAUAUAUAUAUAUAUAUAUGUAGGAUUAAGUGGUUAAUGAUAAUGGAUGGAUAUAUUAAUGUAUGCAAUUAUUUAUAGAACAUACAAUCUACAAUCAGUCUUACGAUAUUAGAGCCAUGUUGAUCAUUUGUGUUGACAAUUGAUACACUUGAUCACGAGCUAGCAGGUAGUGCUUACUUUCUUAUUGUAAUAGAAACGAGAUCAUUUCUGAUUGGAUCAGAAUCUUGAGUGCUCGUGUUUUUAUAUAUAUAUAGAGCUAUUAAAAAAUGAUAUGUCGAAACUGUACAGUAAAAUGCGCAAUGUAAAUUUAGGACACUGUAAAUGCUCUUAUUGGAAGUCCAGGAAAGCUGAAUUGAGCUUCAUCUAUUGCUAUGAGCUACUGCUGUAUCAUAGAGCAGUUCUCCUGGUAAACCCUUUGAAGGAGAAAACAAACUGCUAUUGUUAAUUAUUUAGCAUAGAAUGGCACAAGGCAGCUGUAAUAGAGUAAAUGUGAGUGUGCUUUAAGAUUGUGUGUUGCUACUAGCCCUUUCCAGUGCAAAUUCAAAGUGUAAAACCAAAUAACACAACAAGCAGGGCACAAGCUAAGCGAUGAGCUGUAUUUGAUUAGGGAAAUAAAAGCUGUUUACUUUGA